UUUCUUCUUACAAUCAAGUAGAUACAAGAGUAGAUACUUGAAUCAAAUGCAGUUUUCAGACAUAAGUAGUUAAAAGAAAAUAAGCAAGAAAGGAAUCAAAAAUAUCAACAACGUUGAGAAAAGUAAAAAGUGUCUUACUCGACAUGAAAAGCAUAAAAUUUUUACAAUUUCUCAAAAACUAACAGCAUUUUUAAUAAUAAGAUUCAACAUAGAAAAGAGAAGUGUUCAGUAGAUUGAAGCAGAGAGAAGCAAAAGAAAGAAAGAAAGAAAGAAAGGAAAAGUGAAAUAAAGCAGUGACAUAACUUACUUGUAAUCAAAAGAAGAUGCUGAUUCGCUCAUCAUUGGUGGUUUUUGUGGUCAUACUCGGUUAUUUAUAUGUGACAGAUGGAUCCGAAGAGAAACAAAACAUUCGAUCGAAACGGGCGAAAAAACCUCGCACACCGGGAGCAUCUGUAGUUGUGCCCGAGCCAGAUCAAAGACUCGAUAACGAACAAUCAGAGAUUUCAUCGCCAGUUAUUCCUACAGGCUUUUUAAGUCCGUCAGUCAAAGAAUACUUAGAACUUGGCAAAUCCAUUCCAGGUCGACCGGGAACUGAUUAUCCAAUUUUAUCAGCUGUACCAUAUACAAACUUUUACUGUGAUGAACAGCCAUAUCCAGGCUUCUUUGCUGACAUGGAAACUCGUUGUCAAGGAUGGCACUACUGUGAUAUUGAUGGACGGCAAGCAACUUUCCUUUGCCCCAACGGCACGCAAUUCUCGCAAGCUGUAUUUGUGUGUGAUUGGUGGUUUAAUGUUCGCUGUGAUUUAUCGCCACGACUUUAUUCCAUCAAUGCCCGCUUGUAUCAACGUCCAAAAGUAAAUCCAACUAAGCCCCAUCGGAUAAUCACAAAGGAAUUAGUUGAGGAUAUUUUCAAUAAAUAAAUUUGAGGAAACAUGGAAUUGAUCAUUUUCCCUUUUUUAUUUUCUUUUUUUUAAUUGCAAUAGAUUUGUGUAUAAACAUUUUUGUGUAAAUACAAUUUUUGAGUGUUUUUUUUAACAAACAUCGUUCAUUAAUUUUUUCCUAAUUUAUUUUUAUCAUAAUUUGCCAUUUCUUUGCAAAUGAUUUUUCGCAAGCUUUUCAAUGAUUUUUAUUUUCUUAUUUUAAUGUUUAAUAAUUUUUUUAUGAUGAAAAGGAAAACUCCAAGAGCAAGGGAACUCAUAAAUUAUGUUGGUUUUUCAUUUCUUAAAGCUUUUAGUUUCAAAGCUUUAAAGUCUGAAGUUUUAUCUCUUGAAUUAAUUAAAAGAGUGACUAUAAAGUUCAGAUUGUAAUCAUUUGAGACAUUUUUUAUGACUAAUCCCUAAGUGACAAAUCCAUUCGCCAGUUUAAUUAUUACUCUACUAAAUGUCUUUCGAAUCAUUUUUUUAUGUAAGCGAGCUGUAAAUAAUGUUAAUUAGACUUUACUUUGUACACAAUUUAUUUUGAUCAAAACCAUUCCUAUUACGAUAUGAAGAUUUACUUGUAAACAGAAAUAUAAAAACUUUUGAAAUAAAAUUAUUAGUUUAUAAAAUCGA